UCAGCCUGCGUCGGUUUUCUCUUGGCCUUUGCGUGCGCAUAAUAUAUCAUCUCUCGCCGCUUGGGCCUUCGUGGUUUGUCCAAACACAAUCAACCGCUUCUCCCGAAAACACCACCUCGGGUCUGAGGAGUUGAUGAUCGACCCUCUGAUCGCCGCUUCACUACCUUGAUUGCUUCCAUAAAACUUCCAUCACACCGCCCCUUAACGCCACCGAUCUUUCAAGCCAUGGUUGCGGAAGUCGAUGCUCAGCCUAAGCUCGUCACGAGCCAAGCGGCCGCGCAGAUACUCGAUCCAUCAGCAGCUCCCGCUUACAAUUUCGGCUUCAGCGACUUUCUGAAACGCGAAUACAGGUUCGGACUCGACCCGAACCGGCCGUUUUGCAAGGCGUUCAUUCAAGGCCACUGCCCCCUGGGCAAGGACUGUCCAGACAAACAUCAUGUCUCAUCGUCGUUCAACAAUCUAGUAUGCAAGCACUGGCUACGCGGGCUAUGCAAAAAAGGAGACGCUUGCGAGUUCUUGCACGAGUACAACCUCCGACGCAUGCCUGAAUGCAACUUCUUCGCGCGAAACCUGUAUUGCAGCAACGGCGACGAAUGCUUGUACCUGCACAUUGACCCAGCCUCACGCCUCCCGCCAUGCCCCCACUACGAUAAGGGAUUCUGCCCGCUCGGUCCCCGUUGCUCCAAGAAACAUACCUGCCUCCGCCAACGGUGAAAAAGGAAAAGGACCCAGAGGAGCUUCGUCGCGAACGCGAGAGAAUCGAGGCUGAGGAGGAGCGAGAAUGGAAUGAGAGAAGCGCGAA